UUGCAGUAUGUGGUAGGGAAGUGAUGCUGUCUGAAGGUGACAUCCUGUCCUGCUCUCUUUCUUCUGUCUUCUUGCACCCUAUCUUGGCUUUCUGGUUUGAUCUUACUCUUCUACGCAGUUUUUUAUGGGUUCCUGGCUGCGCUCUUCUCAUUCACCAUGUGGGCUAUGCUUCAGACUCUGAAUGAUGAAGUUCCCAAAUACCGUGACCAGAUUCCUAGUCCAGGACUCAUGGUUUUCCCAAAACCAGUGACUGCAUUGGAAUAUACAUUUAGUAUUUCUGAUCCACAUUCCUAUGAAGGGUACAUUAAAGACCUUAAGAAGUUUCUAAAAUCAUACUCUUUAGAAGAACAGAAGAAUCUCGCCAACUGUACUGAUGGAGUGCUUUUUGAACAGAAGGGUCCAGUUUAUGUUGCAUGUCAGUUUCCUGAUUCCUUACUUGAAGUGUGCAGCGGUAUAAAUGAUCCUAAUUUUGGCUAUUCCCAAGGACAACCUUGUAUUCUUGUAAAAAUGAAUAGAAUCAUUGGAUUAAAGCCUGAAGGAUCACCAAAGAUAGACUGUAUUUCAAAGGAUGAAUAUCCACCAAUUCUAUCAACUUAUCCUAAUCAUGGACUCAUAGACUUAAAGUAUUUUCCAUAUUAUGGAAAGAGACUGCAUGUGGGCUAUCUCCAGCCACUGGUUGCUGUCCAGGUCUCCUUUGACUCUAACAGCACCAAGAAAGAAGCAACGGUAGAAUGCAGAAUCGAGGGAUCAAAGAACCUAAGAAAUGAGGCCGAUCUUGACAAGUUCUUGGGAAGAGUUGUCUUCAAAAUCACAGCACGCGCAUAGCCUUGAGUAGGAUGUCUCCGCCGAAUAAAUGUUGUGUUGUCUGUCUUCAUUGUGUGCCCGCUGGACCUGCCAAUCUAGAAUUCUGAGACCGCCCAGGGAAGGUGGCGCUGCCCAGCCCGGGGCACAGCGUAAUGUGCUUC